AAAGGACUACUGAUAGUUCCAAGUUGGACGCCGUGCGUGAUACGUCGUUGAUAGCGCUUCCUUUGCAAGUGACGUUCGUAGUGCCGUAGAUAGGAGAUCAGUACUUUUUGAUUAUUUGUACAAUUACCUUUGAUAAUCAACAUAAACAAAGCAACGGUGACCGGUACAGCGCUUAAGAGAAUUCCGAAAUGAAUUUAUCGUUCGCUGGUUGCGGUUUUCUUGGUAUUUACCACGUUGGUGUGGCAGUGUGCUUCAAGAAAUACGCUCCACACUUGCUCUUGGAUAAGAUUAGUGGUGCAUCGGUUGGUGCUAUCGCUGCCUGUUGUCUUCUUUGUGACUUGCCCCUCGGAGAGAUCACAAGUAAUUUAUUGCGUGUUGCACGCGAAGCGCGCCAACGUACUCUUGGUCCGUUUAGUCCAUCUUUCAAUGUACAGAAAAUAUUGUUGGAAAGCUUGCAGAAGUUCCUUCCUAAUGAUGCCCACAUUCGAGUGAGCGGUAAACUCCACAUCUCUUUGACAAGAGUGUAUGAUGGAAAAAAUGUAAUUGUUUCGCAAUUCUCUUCUAAAGAAGACUUGUUACAGGCAUUAUUAGCAAGUGCAUUUAUUCCACUCUUUUCUGGACUUUUACCACCACGAUUUCGUGGUAUCAGAUACAUGGAUGGUGGUUUUAGCGAUAAUCUUCCUACGCUUGACGAAAAUACAAUUACUGUUAGUCCUUUUUGUGGUGAAAGUGAUAUUUGUCCUAGAGAUGAAUCUUCUCAACUCUUCCAUGUCAAUGUUGCAAAUACUAGUAUAGAACUUUCAAGACAGAACAUAUAUAGAUUUGCAAGAAUACUGUUUCCACCUAAUCCAGAGAUACUUUCAAGUAUAUGCAAGCAAGGGUUUGAUGAUGCAUUAAGAUUUCUUCAUCGUAAUAAUUUACUCAACUGUACUCGAUGUCUCGCCGUACAAUCUACGUUUGUUGUCUCAGAAACUCUUGAUGAUAAUAUGGAAUAUGACCCUGAAUGUUUAGAAUGUAAAACACAUAGACAGGAAGCAUUGGUAUCUAAGUUACCUGAGACAGUUAUGACCAUUUUCCAAGAUGCAAUUGAUUCUGCUAAUAAAGGCCUUAUUAAUUGGUUCUUCAAACAUCGAAGCGUAAAACUAUUAUCGUUACUUAGUUUACCGUACACGAUACCAGCAGAUGUAGUAUAUGCAACAUUUACAAAGUUUAUUUUAAGUGUUCCUAAAUUACGAAGAAAUUUGUUAGAAUUAAGAACAUUCUUCUUGGAUCAAUUAAACAUGCUAUUCCCCCAAAUCACUGUGUAUUAUCAACGAAUGCCACAAACUAUUAAAUGCCAAUUAGCUAUUACAGAAUAUGGAUCAAGUAUAUAUAAUAUGGAAGCAGUAGACGAGACUGACAGUUUGUAUAAAAAUCAAAAGAAUCUAAAUUUAACUUUACAAUACGAUGAAAUACAACCAUGGGUGGAUCAUAGUAAUACAUCAAAAUGUGUUAUAAAUAUGUCUGAGCUUACACCUGUUGAUGAUACUUUUGAAAAUAUUCUUCAAGUUACAUCAGACCAAGAAGCUGUGAUGUCGUACUAUUAUAUGGAUGAUAAUAAUAAAGUACAAGUAACCGAGAUAUUUGAUGUUACGGAUUCAGAAUCGCAUACAAUGUUAUCUAUAGAAGAAGUUGAAAAUAAUAGAAAAUUACAAUUCGAUGAAUGGGAUGAACCCUCAUGGUUAUCUCAGCAUACACUCAGUGAUGUUGUUUGCGAAUCUUUAUAUACGGAUGGAAACCAAUUAAGUAUGGAAAAUUUAUCAGAUAUUUCUAUAGAAGAUGACAUUAUGGGAGGCUCAAAUAUCUCUUCAGAUCCAGAGAGCGAAUGGGCAGUGAGUAAAAAUCAACCAGUAGUACAAGUUUCUAAUCCUCCAGAUAGUCGACCAGAAGUGGAUCAAUCAUCGUUAAAUUUAUAAAAUAAAAAAUGUUUUCACAACUAUACAGACGAAAAAUGUACAUAUAUUAUUGAUUUAUAUUUUGUAACGUUAUGAAGCAUUUGAAACCUUCUAUAGUCAAUGAUAUCACGUUGAAGUAAGGAUUAUUAAUGCUCAACGUUGAUAAUGUUUUAUAAACGUUCAAAUCAAUAUGCUAUACGAAAAGAUCAAAGGUAUAGAUGCAAGUGCACUUUCGUGAUAACAUAUUAUAAUUUAUAGCCUGUGUUAUGCAUUGACAAGUAUAAGAUACAGUACAAGUGACAUAUAACAGAAGUAUCUUCAACGGAGCAUACACAGUAUUUUAUUAUUAAUGAAAGUUGUUAAGAAAAGUCUAGCAUUGUUAUUAAAUAUUUGUAAGGUAUGUAUUGGUAGAUCUCCCAAAACAGAGACUGAUUGUGAAAGAAAUGUAUAUAAUGUAAUAAUGGAAGAAAUUUGUCUCUGCUCUAAUUCCACGUUGACUUAUUAAUAGUGAAUAUAUCAAACAAACUGCGUUCAUCAAGCGUCUUUUUAUUAGGUCUUGAUUUUUAGAUUAUGUUAUUAUUAUAUUUCUAUAGGAAGAACAGGGAUUAAAUAUUCUGUGCGAAUACCUUUAUAAUUAUAUAGAUCGAUAUCGAACUGUUUGUACGAUUACAUCUUGUGAUAAAUACUCAAGGGAAUGAAGAAAUUAGUUAUUUAAAUUAGGGUAGUCAAAAUGAAAUUUGUAGUUGCAUACAGCUGGAACUGAAUGCCAAUUAACAUACAAAGUUUUUAUAAUGUUUAAUAAUGACAAAACUGCUGUUGAUGAUGACUAUCAUAAUUCCUAGUGAUAAAUUAAGUACAAUUAAACAGUGGGUCAUCUUUUUUGAGUCAAAAAUAUAGCAAAUACUAUUGUAUGAUAAGAGGCCUUUAGAAUUCUACACUAUAUUAUUUUUUCAAAUGAUACAUACAGUAAAUCAUACACGAUAGAUAUUAUUUUAAAAAAUUACAUUUAUGCGUGUAUGUACUGUAUGGCUUUAACAUAAAUGUGUAGAAUAAAUAUAAGAGAAGCAUGUUACAUAUUGAUAUUUUUUAAAUGAAAUUCUGUGUGUCAUAUACUUUUAAGUGUUAUCUAUUUAAGUAAAAUAUGAUCUUCGCGAUAGUUACUUUAGUCGUUAGAAUUAUGUUUAAACAAUAACUUUAUAUAAAAUUGAGGAAUGAAUUUAAUUUUAACAGCAGGAUUGCUUUUUAACUUGAACGAUAGAUUUUUAAUAUUUUAAUUUAUUCAUUAAAUUUUUUAAUAUUUUUGUAUUACUCCGUUACAAAAUGUUAUUCAUCCAUAAAUUUGUUUACUUUAUGAUAUCCAUAUCUAUGAUCAACACUUUAUAUUUAUUGUGAAUGAUGGAAAGUUAACCUGA